CCCUUUCUCGCGUCGUCUCCUUCCUCCCCACACUCGUUCCUCUCUCCGAGCUCGUACCCCCUUUCUCCUAGGGUUAGGGUUAGGGUUAGGGUUGGGGUUCGCUCUCGAGCUUGGGCUCUGCUGGUGCUGCUUCUUGUAGGGUUUCGGUUGGUGGAUCGCGUCGUUGCGGCGGAGAUGUCGCUGAGGCCGAGCGAGAGGGCGGAGAUCCGCCGCAACAAGUACAAGGUGGCGGUGGACGCGGAGGAGGGGCGGCGGCGGAGGGAGGACAACAUGGUGGAGAUCCGCAAGAACCGCCGCGAGGAGAGCCUCCUGAAGAAGCGCCGCGAGGGCAUGCAGGCGCAGCAGAUGCAGCAACAGGCCUUCGCCCCGUCGAUCCACGCCUCCGCCCUCGAGAAGAAGUUGGAGAGCCUCCCGGCGAUGGUCGCUGGGGUUUAUUCCGACGAUAGUACUCUCCAGCUCGAGGCGACUACGCAAUUCCGCAAGCUACUAUCAAUAGAGCGAAGCCCUCCCAUUGAGGAGGUUAUUGCAUCUGGCGUGGUUCCCCGCUUCGUGGAGUUUCUCACUAGAGAGGAUUAUCCCCAACUUCAAUUUGAAGCAGCUUGGGCGCUGACUAAUAUUGCGUCAGGGACCUCGGAGAACACUAAGGUUGUAAUUGAUCACGGUGCCGUCCCGAUUUUUGUAAAGCUAUUGAGUUCCCCGAGCGAUGACGUCCGAGAGCAGGCUGUGUGGGCCUUGGGAAAUGUUGCUGGUGAUUCCCCCAGAUGCCGAGACCUUGUUCUUGCCCACGGUGCCCUGUUUCCAUUGCUGCAACAGCUGAAUGAGCAUGCGAAGCUCUCGAUGCUGAGAAAUGCCACAUGGACUUUGUCAAACUUCUGUAGGGGAAAACCACAGCCAGCCUUUGAACAGGUUAAGCCCGCUCUUCCAGCACUUCAGCGCCUUAUCCACUCGAACGAUGAGGAAGUCCUCACCGAUGCUUGCUGGGCCCUUUCGUAUUUGUCUGAUGGUACCAACGACAAAAUCCAAGCUGUCAUUGAAGCUGGCGUCUGCCCACGUCUCGUGGAGCUUCUUCUGCAUCCUUCUCCUUCAGUGCUUAUUCCAGCUCUUCGAACUGUCGGUAAUAUCGUCACUGGGGAUGACAUACAAACACAGUGUGUGAUCGAUCAUCAGGCUCUUCAAUGCCUUUUGAAUCUCUUGACACAUAAUCAUAAGAAAAGCAUUAAGAAGGAAGCUUGCUGGACUAUAUCAAACAUCACAGCUGGAAAUAAGGAUCAGAUCCAGGCUGUGAUUGCUGCUGGUUUAAUUGGCCCUCUUGUGCACCUCCUCCAAACUGCUGAGUUUGAUAUCAAGAAAGAGGCAGCUUGGGCUAUUUCAAAUGCUACUUCCGGCGGCACACAUGACCAGAUAAAGUAUCUUGUUAGCCAGGGUUGCAUCAAGCCGCUCUGCGACCUUCUGGUGUGCCCGGACCCACGAAUUGUCACUGUUUGCCUAGAAGGCCUUGAGAACAUCUUGAAGGUCGGGGAGGCUGAGAAGAAUCUGGGCACGACAGGGGAUGUGAAUGUGUAUGCCCAGAUGAUCGAUGAGGCCGAGGGCCUAGAGAAGAUUGAGAAUUUACAGAGCCACGACAAUACGGAGAUUUAUGAAAAGGCCGUGAAGAUCCUCGAGACGUACUGGCUGGAGGAAGAGGAGGACGACACCGCUAUGCCCUCAAGUGGUGAUAAUAAUGGUGCUCAGCCUGGUGGGUUCCGUUUUGGGAGUGAGCAGGUCUCCGUUCCAUCUGGUGGAUUCAAGUUUGGUUGAAAGGUGGUCGAGGGAGACUGAAGCAGAGUGUGCCCCAGCUAGUUGCAUUAGGGGACCGAGUCAGAAAGUCAAAGUCGGGCAGAGUCUGUUGUUGUUGUGUCAUUGUUGGGUCCUGUCGGUCUGGUCUCGGAUGGGUUGUCCCAAAUAAAAAAGGAAGGAGGGUUCUUUUGGUCGCCUCUUUCGGUUCACGAGAAGGUGGAGAAGAUUGUUCGUCGGUCGCAGUCGAUCCCCAUCAAAGGUAUUUAAAGUUACCAGUCUUCUACCGCCUGUAUAGCAUGAGCUUUCCCCGUUUCUCCGAGGUUUAUAUGUUAUGAUAGGUUUGUUGUUGUUAUUAUGGUUUGUCACUUUUGUCGAAACGGUCUCAUGUUGUGACCUGGUAUAUCUAUGAUGUAGCUGUCACGAAAAAAAAUUGUCUUAUCAACAAACUUAGUAUGUAUUUUUAAGAAGAAAGGAAUCGAGAAUUUUAUUUUUGUCACAUCUUA